UCUCAGUAAAACAACAACAAAAUGUCCGUGAUGACAUUUCUGGAGGUGUCAGAGGUGCCCAGCUGGAAAACUUCCCAACAGGGUCACUGGGAUGCCCAAAGCCACAUCCAUCCCUGCUCCUCUCUUGGGACCCAAUCCUGGAUGCAACCAGGCACAGCACGGUCCUCCCAUUGCCUACAGCCCUUCAACAUGACUUUAAUGACCUCCACACUCCGGGGUCCCACCACUGGUGGCCAUGGGAGUGAAAAGCAACAAAUGCUCUCCAGCAAGUUCUCCUCUGGCUGCUCCCUGCAGCCAGGGCACCAUUCUCAACCGGCACCAUUCUCAACCACCACCAUGAUGUCAUGCUGUGAUGUCACCACUCUAUGGCACAGGCAUCACAGUGACAUGUCACAAUGUCCCACUGGUACCCACAGUCAGGUGACACCAGUUGACCUUCACUUGCCAACUGGCAGGGCAAGGCUUAGCUGUGCAGGCCAGUGGCCACUGAAGGAAACUUUGGUUCAACUAGGACAGGAAAAAUGGAAUGGGAGCCAUCUGCUGCAGAAACACCAUCCUGUUCUGCUCUGGAUGGGCCGGGGCUGUCGGCAGAGAUGACUUCUCCUGGCCCUCCAGGACAGGGGGAAGGAGCAGCCUGUGACGCUGCUGGGCUGGCGAGACAGGGGGAGCAGGAUGUCCAACCCACCAGCGAUGGACAUGAGAGCAAACAAGUGCCUCCUGUUUCCAGCAAGUGGGCGGGUGAAGCCAAUGAAUUAUCAUCCCUUCGCUUCCCAGAGAAGCUUUGGAAAAUGGUUGAAAGCAGCCGGUUCCAGUCCAUUUGGUGGAGUGACCAUGGAAGAUGCAUUGCCAUCAAUGAAAAGCUCUUCCAAGAGGAGGUGCUGGGCAACGGAGGAUCUCUGCGUGUUUUUGCCACACAGAACAUCAAGAGUUUCAUUCGGCAGCUGAACCUCUAUGGAUUCACCAAAAUACAACAGGAUUUCGAGAGAUCUGCCUCCCUGCCCGAAUUCCUGGCAGAAGAAGCAGCAGCUGCCGCUCACAGCCAGAUCCUCUACUACUACAACCCCAGCUUUAACCGAGAACAUCCCCAGCUGCUGGAAAGGUGCCAGAGGAGAGUCGCCCUCAAACGCAGAGCCCAGCACGUACCAGCAAUGGAUGAAGGACGCCCCUCCAGCAGCCCCGGUGCUCAGACUGCGGGGGACCCGCGGGCGUCCCCACCCGCCAAGCGAUGGGCUGAAGCAGCUCCCGGCCCCGGCAGCGCCCGUCCACCUCCAGCGGCAGCUGCUCCCGCGCUCCCGUGGCCCGUCGGAGCAGCCGGCAGGGAGAGGGUCCCCCCGCUGGCCCUCUGCUUCCUGCCACCGCCCGGCACCCAAACCCCGGGUGGCCUCCAGGCUGCUGCUCAGGCUCCUCCACCGUUUGCAGGGGCCACGCUGGCAGCAGCCUCAGCAAUGCUGGGGCCAAGGCCACCCCACUGCCCCACCUGCACCUGCAGAUGCCCCGGUCCUGCACAGUGAACCCAGCGCAGCACAUCCUGGAGAGGGCAGAGAGUUCCAGGAUGUCAACAGUAUCUAAUUAGUAGUGUUGUUAAUAGAUAGAGCUUAGAGUAAAUAAGAAAGAGUUGGUAAAAAAAAGUAACUUCAAAGAGUUGAUAAUA